AGUUUUACUCAAGUCGUAUUUUACUGGGUGAAUUUCACUUUUACUUGAGUCCUUUUAUAUUAAUGUGUCUUACUUUUACUUAAAUUUGACAAUUGGGUACUUUUUCCGCCACUGAGGACACCAUGAAUUUGCGCAGAAAAUACGGUAAUAACGGUCACCCAAUCAGCUGUUCUAUUGUUCGAAAGCGUUCAUUGGCUCACGCGUGGGCGUUGAAAACUUCAAGAAAUGAAUCGGGACACCUCAUUGGAUAAACAGUUGGAUGAGGUGUCCUCGAAGUGAUAGGUCUUACAACUGUUGCACAGCUGACAUUUCUUGUGUUCUUGCCUUUGCCCACAUAGGAAUAAAAUGUUAUUCAACCAAACUAGUUUGGUUGAUUGCUUACAGGAGUGGGAGGGUCUGGAAAAGGACUUUCAACGGGUCCAGGAGACUCACCGUCUGUAUAAACAGAAGCUUGAGGAGGUCUCCAAGCUACAAGACAGCUGUUCCAAUGCCAUAGCACGACAGAGGAAGAAAUUAAAAGAGCUCACAGUGUCGCUGGAAGAAUGCAAAGAAACACCGAGUCCAGAGGAAAUUAAUGCAAUAAAUGGGAUCCAGGAAUCUAUCAAGGACAGACCAAAUGUUUUCUUUGAAAUGGAGUCUUUCCUGCCAAAGAAGAAUGGGUUAUACCUCAGUCUCGUUCUUGGGAACGUGAAUGUAACAUUGCUCAACAAACACUCGAAAUUUGCCUACAAAGAUGAAUAUGAGAAAUUCAAAUUGGUCCUCACCGUCCUACUCCUCGUCUUCUCAUUCACAUGUCGCUUUGUAUUUAGUUACAGAGCCUUAGACGCUCUCUUCAACUUCCUGCUGGUGUGGUACUACUGCACACUGACCAUUCGGGAGAGUAUCCUCAUUAGCAAUGGCUCCAGGAUCAAGGGUUGGUGGGUGUUUCAUCACUAUGUGUUCUGCUUCCUGUCUGGAGUGAUGCUGACUUGGCCGGAAGGCAUACUCUACCAGAUGUUCAGGAAUCAGUUUCUCACCUACUGCUUGUACCAAAGUUUUGUCCAGUUUCUCCAGUACUACUACCAGAGUGGCUGUCUGUACAGACUUCGAGCCCUGGGAGAGAGUCACAACAUGGACUUGACAGUUGAGGGUUUCCAGUCGUGGAUGUGGCGAGGCCUGACCUUCCUUCUGCCCUUCCUGUUCUUUGGUCAUUUCUGGCAGCUUUACAAUGGCCUAACACUGUUCAGGAUGGCCCAGCUCCCAGAGUGUAAAGAGUGGCAAGUCUUCAUGUGUGGCUGCUCCUACCUUGUGUUGUUCAUGGGGAACUUCUCCACCACACUUGGAGUAGUCUACCAUAAGUACAUCCACAACCAAGACAAGUCCAAGAGCCUAUAAGACUUGAAGAGAAAGAUUUAUUCAAAAGAAUAUGUGCAAAAGGUGUUUUAUACUAAUAUGCUUUUUAUGUCUAUUUUAUGUGUUUGUCUUGUAAAAGUUUACUUUUUUCUGUUGUACCAUUUUAUCUAAUGUGUUUAGUUUUGAGUAGAAAUGUUGAACCACAUUGUUCUUUGUUUUUCUGAGAAAUGCAGCUAGUCACUUUCAGCAUCGUAUGAUUUAAUUGUGUAUGAGAUUACCUGAAUAGGUUGGAGAUAUUAUAGUGGAAGAGAAUUACAUGCCUUGCACUGACUGUCACUAAACUGUCUACAUGUUCAGCUGUGUCAAAAGAGAGCUCACUGCAAUAAUAAGCCACUGACCGAG